GCAGGCGCAGUGGUCCCCACGGGCUUGCGCGCGCACUCGCUGCGGGACAAGCUUCUGGAAGCUCAUUGCGGUGGCGUUGGUGCUGUUUGCGGAUGCUGGUGCAGUUUCUGCAGGACUGUAAACUGGAUUCCUGGAACCUUUGAUAUUCCUGGCUGUAUAUAGUACCUGUUGGUGGACUGCACUGAUACUCAACUAGAGUGUGAAGGGACUGGAUUCCUGCCCCGAGACACAAUGCAAGCUGUAGUGCCCUUGAACAAGAUGACAGCCAUCUCACCAGACCCUCAAACUCUGGCCUCGACUGAACAAAAUGAGGUCCCAAGAGUGGUUACUUCUGGGGAGCAAGAAGCUAUUUUAAGAGGAAAUGCGGCUGACGCAGAGUCUUUCAGACAGAGGUUUAGGUGGUUUUGUUACUCAGAAGUAGCUGGACCCAGGAAAGCUCUGAGUCAACUCUGGGAGCUCUGCAUUCAGUGGCUGAGACCAGACAUUCACACGAAAGAACAGAUUUUAGAGCUUUUGGUAUUUGAGCAGUUCCUGACCAUUUUGCCUGGGGAGAUCAGGAUUUGGGUAAAGUCACAACAUCCUGAGAGUAGUGAGGAGGUGGUGACCCUAAUAGAAGAUUUGACCCAGAUGCUCGAAGAAAAAGGAGAUCCAGUCUCUCAAGAUUCUACUGUUUCCCAAGAGGAGAACUCAAAAGAGGAUAAAAUGGUCGCUGUUUGUCCCAAUACUGAGUCCCGUGAAUCUAUAACAUUGAAGGAUGUAGCUGUGAACUUUUCAAGAGGAGAGUGGAAGAAGCUGGAGCCUUUUCAAAAGGAGCUGUAUAAGGAAGUGCUACUGGAAAACUUCAGGAACCUAGAAUUUCUGGACUUUCCAGUUUCAAAAUUAGAGUUGAUUUCCCAGCUGAAGUGGGUUGAAUUGCCAUGGCUGCUGGAAGAAGUCUCAAAAGGCUCCCGACCAGAUGAAUCGGCUUUAGAUAAAAUAAUAGAAAGAUGCCUCAGGGAUGAUGAUUAUGGCUUGAUGGAAGAAUUCCAGCAAUAUUGUGGCAGCUCAGAGGAGGAUCACGGUAAUCAGGGAAAUUCAAAAGGAACAGUCACACAAAACAAAACUCUUGGGAGUGGCAAUAGGGGUGAGGAAUUUGACCCAGGUAAAAGCCCCUUUGGACAUAAUUUCAAAGAAACUUCAGACUUAAUUAAACAUCUGAAAGUCUACUUGAGGAAGAAAUCUCGGAGGUAUAAUGAAAGCAAGAAACCCUUCAGUUUUCAUUCAGACCUCGUUCUGAACCGCAAGGAGAAAACCACUGGAGAAAAGUCAUGGAAAUCUAAUGACGGUGGGAAAGUCUUAAGUCAUUCUUCAGCUCUUACUGAACAUCAGAAACGUCAGAAGAUUCAUUUGGGGGAUAGGUCCCAAAAAUGCAGUAAGUGUGGGAUAAUCUUUAUUAGAAGAUCAACUCUUUCUAGGAGAAAAAUCCCUAUGUGUGAGAAAUGUCGGAAAGAUUCAUGUCAAGAAGCAGCCUUAAAUAAAGAUGAGGGAAAUGAGACUGGAGAAAAAACUCAUAAAUGUAGUAAGUGUGGAAAAGCCUUUGGCUAUAGCGCCUCACUCACCAAACAUCGGAGAAUUCACACUGGAGAAAAACCCUAUAUGUGUAAUGAAUGUGGAAAAGCUUUUAGUGAUAGUUCGUCGCUCACGCCACAUCAUAGAACUCACAGUGGAGAGAAACCCUUCAAAUGUGAUGAUUGUGGGAAAGGUUUCACCCUAAGUGCUCACCUCAUUAAACAUCAGAGAAUUCAUACUGGAGAAAAACCUUAUAAAUGUAAAGACUGUGGGAGACCCUUCAGUGACAGUUCAUCUCUUAUUCAACAUCAGCGAAUUCAUACCGGAGAAAAACCCUAUACAUGUAACAAUUGUGGAAAAUCCUUCAGUCAUAGCUCAUCCCUUUCCAAACAUCAGAGAAUUCAUACUGGAGAGAAACCCUAUAAAUGUGGCGAAUGUGGAAAAGCCUUUAGACAGAAUUCAUGCCUUACCCGGCAUCAGAGAAUUCACACUGGAGAAAAACCGUAUUUGUGUAAUGAUUGCGGAAUGACUUUUAGCCAUUUUACAUCUGUGAUUUAUCAUCAAAGACUUCAUUCAGGAGAAAAACCCUACAAAUGUAACCAAUGUGAGAAAGCCUUCCCAACUCAUUCACUGCUUAGUCGUCAUCAGAGAAUUCAUACUGGUGUAAAACCUUAUAAAUGUAAAGAAUGUGGGAAGUCCUUUAGUCAGAGUUCAUCUCUUAAUGAGCACCACCGAAUUCAUACAGGAGAGAAACCCUAUGAAUGUAACUAUUGUGGUGCAACCUUUAGUCGAAGCUCAAUCCUUGUAGAACACCUAAAAAUUCACACCGGAAGGAGAGAAUAUGAAUGUAACGAAUGUGAGAAGACUUUUAAAAGUAAUUCAGGCCUCAUUAGACAUCGGGGAUUUCACGCUGCAGAGUAAUCCUGGAACUACAUUAA